UUACCGUCACCAUCGUCAUCAUCAUCAUCCAUCAUCCAUCAUCAUCAUCCAUCACCACCAUCAUCCAUCACCACCAUCGUCAUCACCACCACCAUCACUAUCAACACCAUCAUCAUAAUCAUCAUCAUCAUCCAUCAUCAUCAUCAUCCAUCACCACCAUUGUCAUCACCACCACCAUCACUAUCAACACCAUCAUCAUAAUCAUCAUCAUCAUCGUCAUCAACACCAUCCAUCACCACCAUCACUAUCAUCAUCCAUCACCACCAUCAUCCAUCACCACCAUCGUCAUCAACACCAUCCAUCACUAUCAUCAUAAUCAUCAUCCACCAUCAUCAUCAUCAUCAUCAUCGUCAUCAACACCAUCAUCAUCAACACCAUCCAUCAUAAUCAUCAUAAUCAUCAUCCAUCAUCAUCAUCCUCAUCCAUCACCACUAUCAACACCAUCCAUCAUAAUCAUCAUCAUCAUUAUCAUCAUCAUCCAUCACCACCAUCAUCACCGUCAUCAUCAUCAUCACCACCAUCACUAUCAUCAUCACCAUCAUCAUAAUCAUCAUCAUCACCAUCAUCAUCAAGUCCAUUUUUUAAUGUUUAUUUUAUUGUAAGAAUUUUGCUUUUUUAAUAAUAGUGCUAAAUUGAUUUAUUUUAUUAACUCUUAGGGGGGGGUGUGUGUGUGUGUGUGUGUGUGUGUGUGUGUUUAAGGAUGUCAUGGUGUACUUCAUUUAUUAAACAUUAUAAAAAAACGACUGAAACACAAACGACAACAGAAAUCUAAUGAAAUUAAAUUUUUAAAAAAUCUACACAAAAAUUCUGCACUCAUUUCUGUCAGGGUUCAGCUCAUCCGAAAAUAAUGUUAACUCUAUAAAAUUGUAAAAAUAUUUUUGAGUCUCUUCAUCAGACGAGUCUGCGUGGUUUGAGCUGAAGGCUAAACUGGUAGCUGCUUGUUAGCCGUGUUAGCCUCGGCGCUCCAGAGCGAAACUAAACUGCACGCGCUGGCCAUGUUGAGGCGAAGGAGAGCGUUCCGAAUGUUUCACUUUGCGCCGGAAUUAAAAAGGUGUGUGUUUAUAAGAGCGAGCGGCGGCUGGCCGGAGUGGUAACAGGAUUAAAAAGACGGAAGCGCACGGAUUUGACGUGCUGGACUCGAGGAACUCCGGCUGCGUGUGUGAAAGAUGAAAACGAUGGAGGAAACCGACGACACGGACGAGCCUCCUGACCACGCCCCUCCGGAGAAAUGCGCCAAAUCCACACUCUGGGACUUCCCCUCUCACAAGACGGCUCGUUCCGGAGUCUGGGAAUACUUUGAGUAUUUUAUAAACCCAGAAGGCGAGCUGGAGGAUUACGGCUUCCCGACGUGUAAACUGUGCCAGCUGAAAGUGGCGUGUAAGAGAGGAAACACGUCCAACAUGCUGCGGCACCUGCAGGAAAACCACGCCUUCGCCUACCGAGAAGCCAAGAGAGCAGACGCCCUGUGGCUCGACUUGGACUCCUCUGAUUCGGACAUGAAGGUGGAGAUGGAUGAGCAGAACCUGACGGCCGACUGGUGCAGUGUGGGGAAACGGAGCGAAGACGAAAACGAGGGCGAUGACGACGGCGAUGCAGAUUACAUCGACCGCAGGAUCGCGGCCACUCCGAGGAGGAAGAGGCAGGUCCGCUCGGCCGUGUGGCAGUACUUCCAUUACGACGAGGACAGAAGACCGAGCUGUAAGAUCUGCGGCUGGAAACUCACUGCAGGAUCUUCAGGCAGCACGAGCAACAUGAGGCAUCAUCUCCAGAGCCAGCAUCAGAUCGUGUGUCCGCUCAGUAAGUCUGCAGGUCUUGUUAUAACGUUGCCUGAAGGAGACGAGCCGAUUAAACUGUACCCGCCCACAACACCUCGCAAAUCCGCCGUGUGGAAGCUGUUCGGCUUCGUCAUGAACAGCGAGGGCGUGCUGGAAGAGAACGGCUUCCCCAUCUGCAGGCUGUGCCAUCAAGUUGUCGCAUCCAAAGACGGAAACACGUCCAACAUGUACAGCCACCUGCAGCACCAUCACCAAGCUGUGUACGCAGAGCUGAAGCACGCGAUGGCUCCUGCAGGAGCGGAGCAGAGACUGGACCUCUCAGACACCACAGAGCUCCAUCCUCCUGUAAAACGCAGAAACUCGCCUGUUUGGAAAUAUUUCGGAUUUAUUAAAAACACCGAGGGUGAUUUAAAGGAGGACGGAUUCCCGCUGUGCAAAAUGUGCCAUCGGAGAGUGGCGGCUAAAGACGGAACCACGUCGAACAUGCUGAACCACCUGCGGCGCCACCACCAGGCCGAGUAUGAAGAAGUGAAGCUGGCGAACGAAACGUUGCCUCCGAGUCGUCCAGAGGAAGGGAACGAUCUGCCUGAGCUGUUUCCUCCCAGCAUCCUUCCCCUGUCCCCCGUCUGGGAUUACUUCGGCUACCCGAAAAACGCAGACGGCGUGAUCGAAGAGAACGAGCGGCCCAAGUGUAAAGCCUGCCGGCAGUCCAUCGUCUCCAAGCAGGGCAUUUUAUCCAACAUGCUACGCCACCUGAAGUUCUACCACGACUCCUUAUUCGAGGAGCUGAAAUCGAGAACCGGAUGGCGCAGGUACAGACCUUAUAAGGAGAGAAGCCGAGCCCCGCCCAUUCAGGCCAACCCGGACGAGCUGUACCCGCCCAAAAUGGCCCUGAAAUCAGGUGUCUGGAAACAUUUUGGAUAUCUGAGGAACUCUAAGGGCGUGGUCGUUCCCGACGGGUUCCCGAUCUGUAAACUGUGCCUGAGAAAGGUCAGCACGCCGAGAGGAUGUACCACCAACAUGAUGGUCCAUCUCCAGAGAUACCACACCACCGAGUUCGCAGAGAUGAGGCUGAGCGGUGACGAUAAUGAUGACCAAACUCCGAGACAGACCGGAGACCCGGGCCCGCCGUUGGACCUCUGCCCACCACGAGAUGUCCUCGAGCCCGUGUGGGAGCAUUUCGGAUACCAGAAGGACGCAGACGGAGUCGUCCAGGUGGACGGACAGCCGACGUGUAAAAUCUGCCGAGUGAAAGUUUCCUGUCCUGGGGAGAGCACCAAAUUUCUGUACAGGCAUCUGUGGAAGAAACACAACGCCGUCUACUUCGACAUCAAGGUGGCCACCAGUUCCUUGAGAGGAGAGGACGGACUGGUGGCCCCGGUCCUUUUCCCACCGACGCACAGGGUGAAGUCUGCCGUCUGGGAAUAUUUCGGCUACUUGAAGGACGCGGAGGGGACGGUGGUCUGCGACGGCUUUCCUAUCUGCAAAAUCUGCUACUUAAACGUAGCGGCUAAAGGAGGAAACACCACCAACAUGUUCAAACACCUCAAAGAUCAUCAUAAGUCCAUCUACGAUGAGAUCAGGCCGGCUGUUCCCGAGGAAAUCGUUCCAGAUCAUGCGUCUUCAAUUCUCUAUGCUCCAGAUGGCCAAAACUCCAAAUUAUGGGAAUAUUUUGGAUACCUCAAAACUCCGGACGGUGCCCUGAUAGAAGACGGAGCUCCGGCUUGUAAGAUUUGUGGCCUGAAGGUGACGUCGGAGGGCGAGUCUACGUCCAACAUGAUGAAGCACCUUCAGGAGAAUCAUGAAGGAGUGUACGCUGAAGUACAGGAAGCGCUCAGUAAUCCGAGGACGGAAGACGCACCUGAGCUUCCAGAGCUUCCCGAGCUUCAUCCACCCACACAGAACGCAUAUCCCGUUUGGGAAUAUUUCGGAUUCCUGAAGGACGCGGAGGGAUCGGUCGUGUUCGACGGCUUCCCCAUCUGCAAGAUAUGUCGCCAGAGAGUGGAGUCCAAAGACGGAGACACGAGAAACAUGUUCCACCACCUGAAGGCGAAUCACCGGAACGUGUACCAGCAGAUCAAGCCGGCGGUUGAAAAAAGGGUUUAUAAGCCCUUUGAGCUGUGUCCACCGAACGGCCGGCAGAUCGACAUCAGGUUAUGGGAUCACUUCGGAUAUCCGAAAAACGCAGAGGGCGAGGUUGAAGAAGACGGAGCUCCGGUGUGUAAGAUCUGCCUUCAGAAGCUCACGGCCUCCUCCAGAGGAACGAACCUCACCACCAGCAUGCUGAGGCACCUCCGGAGGAACCACCAGUCCGUGUACGAGGAGGUUCAGGAGGCGAUCGGAGCCUGGAGACCCGAGUGGAACAGCGAAACCCUCGAGCUUUACCCACCCACGCAAAACGUCACGUCCUCCGUCUGGGAGCAUUUCGGAUACCUGAAAGACGCCGAGGGGACGGUGGUGUGCGACGGCUUCCCCAUCUGCAAAAUAUGCCACCAGAAAGUGCCUUCUAAAGGAGGAAACACCACCAACAUGUUCAAACACCUCAAAGACUGUCAUCGGAGCAUCUACAGCGAAAUCCGAUCCGCAGUGACUAACGAGGUGUUUGAGGACGUUCGCUCGGCCACUGACCUUCACCCGCCCAGCACCCCGUGUGACCCGACGCUCUGGGAGCAUUUCGGAUACCGCAAAACCGCAGACGGAGUCGUGGAAGAGGACGGAGCGCCGUUCUGUAAACUCUGCCUUCGGAAAUUAGUGUCCAGGGGAGAGACUACGAGAAACAUGAAGCAGCACCUUAAGGAGAACCACAACACUGUGUACACCGAGCCCGAGGAAGUCCUGAGCUCGUUCGUCUUGGAGCUGGACACGGGCACUUCGGACCUUCAUCCUCCGACGCGGAAGGUGAAAUCAGCCGUGUGGAAGUUUUUCGGUUACCCGAGAGACGCGGCGGGGUUGGUUCUGAGUGACGGCUUCCCCAUCUGCAAACUCUGCCAAAAGAAAGUCUCUGCUAAAGGAGGAAACACCACCAACAUGUUCACACACCUCAGAGAUUAUCACCGGACAACGUAUAACGAGAUCAAGGCAACGUUUGAUCCUGUAAGGACUGAGAACGAGCUGGAAGCCGUGGAGCUUCAUCUCCCGACGACGGACGCCCUGUCACCGGUCUGGAAAUAUUUUGGAUACCCGAAAAACGCAGACGGGUCUGUGGUGUGUGACGGCUACCCGCUGUGCAGACUGUGUCAGCUGAAAGUGACGGCUAAAGGAGGCAGCACGACAAACAUGCUCAUGCACCUGAGGGCCUACCACCUGGAUGUGUACAAGGAAGUCAAGCCAGCCGUUACUAAAAAGUCCAUCUACAGACCUUUCGAUCUCUAUCCACCGAGCGGUCAAGACGACAUCAAGCUGUGGGAUCAUUUCGGAUAUCAGAAAAGCGCAGACGGAGAGCUGAAGGACGACGGAGCUCCGAUCUGUAAAAUCUGCCUUCGGAAAAUGAUCAAACCCCCGACGGGCGGGACGCCGACCACCAACAUGCUGAGGCACCUUCGCAAAAAACACCAGUCAGUGUAUAACGAAGUGCAGGAAGCGAUCACCACGCUUAGAACAGCGUGGGGCAUCGAACCACCCGAGCUCCACCCACCGACUCAGAACGUCACGUCUGCAGUCUGGCAGUAUUUCGGCUACCUGAAAGACGCCGACGGCUCGGUCGUGUGCGACGACUUCCCCAUCUGCAAACUGUGUCAACAGAAAGUGGCUUCCAAACGACGAUGCACCACGAACAUGUUUAAACAUCUGAAGGAUUACCACAGAACCAUCUACGACGAGGUCCGGAGCGCAGUCACGAGCGAGACGUUCGAAGAUCUUUUCCUGCCGACCGAUCUCCAUCCGCCGAGCGGCCAGUACAAUCCCAAACUGUGGGAGUAUUUCGGAUAUCGUAAAACGGCAGAGGGGAACCUCGUGGAAGACGGAGCGCCGAUCUGUAAACUCUGCUUCCGAAAGCUGAUUUCUAAAGGCGAAACGACCUCGAAUAUGAUGCAGCACCUUAAAGAGAACCACAACACUGUCUACACCGACGUCCAAAGGGAAGUAAACCCGUUCACCAUCGGAGGAGCCACUGAACUCCCCGAGCUUUACCCACCUGAACACAGAGUGAGGUCUGGCGUCUGGAAAUAUUUUGGCUACCUGAGGGACACGGAGGGUCCGGCUGACUGCGCAGGCUUCCCCAUCUGCAAGAUCUGCCUUUCCAAAGUGUCCAAUAAGGGAAAAGUCACGGCCAAUAUGACCGCGCAUCUCAAAGAUCAUCACAGAAGCAUCUACGAUGACCUUAAGAUACCAGACAGAAGGCCAAAAGUGCUGUUGGCUGAAAAUCUCCCAGAACUUUACCCGCCAUCGAAACAGCCUCUGUCUCCAAUCUGGGAACAUUUCGGACUUCCCAAAAACACUGACGGAGUCGUAGAAGAGGACGGAUGCCCGAUCUGCAAAAUCUGCGGCAAAAAAGUUUCAAGCCAAGACGGAAGGAAAAUGAUAAGACAUCUGCAUUUCUGCCAUUUCUCUGUGUAUGAAGAGUUAAAGAACGCAAUUAGGGCUUCAAAGUUGGGAGUGGACGCAGGAGGCCAACCCACCGACCUUCACCCUCCCUCCAAGAGCGUCCGCUCCUCCGUCUGGGAAUAUUUUGGAUACCUGAAGAAUCCGGACGGCACGAUCAACGUGGACGGACGUCCGAUCUGCAAGAUGUGCUUCCAUAAAGUGUCCAGUCACGGAGGAAACACGACCAACAUGUUCAAGCACCUGGAGGACAAACACGGGCUUAGACAAGAGUAAAGCGAACUCUACCCGAGAGCAAGAGCGAGAGCGGCCAUCUUGGCCAGUUGAGUGUGAGGUAGAGAGGAGCUUAGCGUCUGUUAGCGGUGAGAGGAGUCCUCCGGCUGCGAUGGAGCCUCCCGUAUUUCA